AUGGCCAUUGAACCAGGCGAUCCCCGCCUUCCUCGCUAUGUCGAGGGGUCGGUAGAACCGGUCUAUCGAAAAAAAUCCUCUUCAAAGGGCGUCGCCCUCUAUCUUAUGCACAGAGACUACUGGUCAAAUGCAGAAAAAAACUAUCGAAUGCGAAGUGAAGGCAAGUAUGAGCAGCCCCACGAAUGCACGGGAGUGGAGCCACCCGAUUGGAAGCCGGGUUACGAGCCCUCGCUUGACGGUUGGGUGGAGGGUAUCGCGCAUGUCAACCCCUGGUUACUGGACUUUGGAAGUUAUGUUUAUGCUCAAGUUGAAGCCCACUACCGGUUUUAUCGCAGCGAACUGGAUGCAUAUGAUUUUGAGAUCGACGAAACCAUCUUUUCAGCGAGGAUUCAGCUGAAUCCUCCGCCCUGCGCUCGAGAAGGUUUCAGCUGUUUUGCCAAUCCACCACACGACCUUAACAGCUACAGUGCACCACUGCGUCAGCUGUAUGAAAAACUCGGUGGUCCCGCUGGAGCCCGAUCAAUGGAACAUGAACUACUAACACCCUAUGGUGUCAUUCCCGGACAUGCUUUAAACAAUCGCUCGAAGUAUACAUUUGUGCCGCAGACAAAGGCAGUCAAAGCGUCGGGAUUUCCUGAUCACCCUUAUUCGAACAAACCAGCUCCAAGGACCAUUAAAGAAGUACCACUGGGUCAUUAUCCAGUACCCCAAACGCGGCAUGAACUCUUUAUGGAUGCUGUCUAUGGAUUCGCUAACGAUGCAUCCGACAGUGACCCUGAGGCACCAGACACCUCGGAAGACGACGAUGAUUUCCUGCCUCGCAUUCGACACCCACGUGAGCCAGUAAAAAAGAAACACGGAGUCAGGAAAAUAGAUCUACGAAUGCAAAACUACAAGGACCGAUUCCAUAAAGACUGCUAUCCGUGGCGCCCAAGGCAACAUAAAGCGCCAAAGGCCGGCAUCUACUGGACCGUCACGGUUUACGCAACAAUGCAACCCACGGCGAAACCAAUUAGACAACAUACAGCGACUAUGACUAUCCGGAAGUUGAGUUUCCUGCCACGUAUGAUUGCUUUGCAUCAUCGAAUUCCACCGACAAUUACCACAGAUUAUUGCCUCGCGGUUGGUCCACGAGCAAACACUGAUGCCGGUGUGAUUACGCUCAAUGGUGAGCUAGACAAGAUGAUCUACCAACCAGGCGACCCCAUAAUUGUCUAUAUCAAGGUUCACAACACUUCGAAUCGCGUAGUCCAGCAACUGACAGUGGAAGUAAACCAAUGCAUUCGUGUGGCCUCUUGGAGUAAUCGCGUCUGGAGGAUUACAAUUUGCCGACGUGAGAUAACUGCCGAGAACCCAGAUGCACAAAUGCCUAUUCUACCGGCAACAGAGCAGGUGAAAAUCAACGUGCGCAUGAAUCCAUUCUGUGUAGAGAAACAGUAUAGUCACCUGUUUUAUGAUAAGUGGCACAAACGCCGACUGCCCAAAGUGCCCAUUGAGGAGGAGGCUUGGACACUGCGUAUGCCGACAACUCCGGGCAUAUUUUACGCUGUUGAACAACCCGGUCGGCACGAACCCGUUCCGCUGACUUUUAUCCUACGUAGGAGACCAGCAUUCUCUACACUGCCGGGUGUAAUUGAUAACCUCAUGGAGAACUAUCCAGAAGGAGGUUAA